AUGGCGCAACGAGGAGCCCGUGGUGGUGGUCGCAGUGGUAGUCACAUUAGUGGUCGUGAUGCUGGAGAUAGAAAUGCAUCCCAAUCAUACAAUGAUGCAGAAAGUCAACCUUCUUCUUCAGUUAGAGGAUCAAACAUCUUAGAACAAGUUCCAAGUAACCCAUCAAAAAGGAAGUUCAUUGAAGUCGAUUCUGAAAAGGAAUUUACGGAUCAGAUUUCAGUGAUCAGAGCCAUCACAUGUAUACUGAAGACGAUGUUUGACGGCCCAUGGACCUCAUGGAAGAAGGUUGACAAAGAACAUCGUGAUGCAAUGUGGGAACACUUCAAGGGUUUGUAUGUUUGGCCCGAAGAGACUGAUGUUCUUGCUCGCAAGGUAUGGGAAGACUGUAUGAAGAAACGAUUUCCUGACGUAAUGCGAAGAGCACGUGAAGCAUCUUUAAAACUUGCCAAAGCUGCAAAUGUGAAUGCCUCACUAGAAGGUGAUUUAAAUUUGCUAAAGGACUAUCGCCCAAAUUGGAUAAAAAAGGAGUAUUGGGAAAAAAUGAUCAAUGAAGUGUGGACCACAUCCAAAUGGAAACGUUUAUCACAAUCAGGGAAAAAUAACAGAAAUAAAUUAGAAGAUGGCUCUGUUUCCAAACAUACCGGGGGUUCUAUAUCUAUUCGUCAACAUAAGAAAAGAAUGCAAGCAAUUCUUAAACGCCCUCCUACAGGAGUUGAACUUUAUGCAAGGUUGCACACUAAACGGUCUACUCAAGAGUACAUUACACCAAAGGCAGCUAAAGUUAAGGAGGCUUAUGAAAGUGCUAUGGUGGCUAAGUUUGGUGAUGAUACUAGUUGCCACCCCCUCUUGGAUAAUGAAACAUGGUGUGAUGUUUCCGGAGGAGUCAAGAAAGGAAGAAUAUAUGGAUUCGGAUCUGUGUCUGAUCCAGCGAGCUUUUUGGAAGGAACAUCUAGUACAAUAACAUCCCAAGAGGUUGUCUAUGAACGUGUACGAAACGAGAUGCGUGGCGAAAUGGAUGCUAAAGCUGCAGAAAUGGAAGCUAAACAUCAACAAAUGCAUGUAUGCAGCCUUGCAAAAUAUGAUGGGAAAUUGAAAAGUAAAGGAAUGAGAACCGAAGAUGAUUGGAUGGACAUGAAACGAAGAUAGCAGCUAAAAUGUUAUUUUGAAGGUUAAACUUUUUUCUGUUUGUACCUCUUUUGCAUACUUUGGAUUUCUUGGUUCUAAAAUGUUAUUUUGAAGUUAAAUUGUUGGGAGUUUGAUGUUAUGUGGAUAGUUUCGUUUUUGGAUGUUUCUUGAAUGACACUUUGGUAAACUUUGAUAAUUUUGGUAUUGUAAUGCUUGGUUGUAUCAUUAUUUGAUGUUCUUUAGUAUAAUAAUUUGAUGAUUGUAGUAUUUUUUUUCUUUUAGAAUCAUAAUAAAAAAAAUGAUAUUACAAGUUCGUGGUGAGAAAAUAAAAAGUAUUUUAAUGCAUGAAUUUUGCGAGGGAUUAGCUACGGAAAAAAAAAAUCAUGUCUAAAGUGCGACGGAUCAGCGACGGAAAGGAAAAAAAUUUAAUGUAUGAAUUUUGCAAGGGAUUAGUGAUGAAAAAAAUUCAUGUCUAAAGUUUGCGAUAGAUCAGCAACGGAAAAAAAAAAUAGUAUAUGAAUUUUGCAAGGGAUUAGCUACGGAAAAAAAAAAACUGUUCAUGGAAAUUUGCGACAGAACAACGACGGAAUGCAUUGAGUGACAUUUAGUGACAUUUAGCGACAGAUAUUCUGUCGCUACCUUUGUGGCAAGGAAAAACCCAAUCCGUCGCUAAAACCGUAGCUGAGAAAUUAGCCACCUUUUUAUUACCUAUGGAGUGAAUCUGUCGCUGAUCCAUUGCAAACAGCAUUUAGCGACGGAAUAGCGACAGAUUUUUCCAUCGGUAAAACCCAUGUUUCUAGUAGUGACAUGAAUGGAUUGAUCUCAUAUUCGGGUGGGCCCUA